AUGGAGAAGAUUACAGACAAGAUCGCCGCUUUGCCGGCUGAUGGCUCCUACUUCUCUUUGGAAUUCUUCCCGCCAAAGACAGAAAUGGGUUUCAGCAACUUAAAAGACCGACUUCACCGUAUGGAGAGAGCAUUGAGACCCCUGUUCGUCAACGUCACUUGGGGUGCAGGAGGAUCAACCGCCGAGAAGUCGAUCGAGCUCGCCGAAUGGUGCCAGAAAGAACUCGGUGUAACUACAUGCUUACAUCUCACAUGCACCAACAUGAGCCGCCGUCUUGUUGAUAAGGCGCUAGAAGAUGCAAAGAGGCUAGGAAUUCGAAAUAUCCUAGCCUUGAGAGGAGACCCGCCACGAAAGGAUGAAUAUCAGAUGCCCGAGGACCAAGUUGACGACGAUGCUGAAGAGCUCGUUUGGGCACUGGAUCUUGUCAAAUAUAUCCGCAAGAAGCAUGGCGACUAUUUCUGCAUCGGCGUUGCUGCGUACCCAGAAGGUCAUGCCGAUGAGAGCCACCCGCUUGGACAGAGUCUUGAGCAUGACCUCCCAUAUCUCGUUGACAAGGUGGCAGCCGGUGCCGACUUCAUCAUGACUCAGUUAUUUUUUGAUUUCCAAGCCUACGAAAACUUCGAGAAUACACUCAGAGAGCACCCCAGCGGUGUAUUUAAAACGAUACCCAUCCUCCCAGGUCUCAUGCCCAUCCAGAGCUAUCAGAUGAUCAAACGGACGACCAAAUUGAGUCACGCCAAGGUCCCGGAGGAUAUACACUCACGUCUAGAUGCCGUCAAAGGAGAUGACGAGAAAGUCAAAGCGAUCGGUGUUGAUAUUGUCAGUGAACUGGUGGAGAAGAUCAAAGUCGUCAAGAACAAGACCCCUGGUCCCAAGGGUUUUCACUUUUACACGUUGAAUCUCGAGAAGGCUGUCUCGUUCAUUGUAGAGAGGACUCAUCUGAUCCCCAAGAUUCCAGAUGAAGAAGAAGCAAUCGUCGACGGACCCCCGAUCACACUCCAGAUCAAUGGCGAUCCUGCUGGAAAGAUUCGCUCCCGGUUUUCAAGGCGUAAGUCGUCUUCGGUGGCCUCCGAUCCACACAACAGAGUUAUCGUCAAAGACGGCCAACUUUCAAAUCCCGAAUGGGAGGCGUCGGGGCAGGAAGCUGGCCUCAGUGCAGAAACCCCCAAUACCCGCUCCAACACCUUGGCCAUCUCGGAAGGUGAGGGCGUCUUAGGACGAGAGGCUACAUGGGAUGACUUUCCCAACGGUCGUUUUGGUGAUUCUCGAUCACCCGCAUAUGGCGAGAUUGACGGCUACGGUGUGAACAUUCACAUGACCCCUACGCAAGCCAUCAGACUCUGGGGCCACCCCAAAUCUCGGGAGGAGAUCAAUGAUCUUUUUGUUAAACAUAUCAAAGGAGAAUUAGCUGCUAUUCCUUGGAGCGAAGAGGAACUACUCGCAGAGAGUUCAAUUAUCAGCAACCACCUCAUGAAGCUCAACACCAAGGGCUGGUGGACGGUGGCUUCUCAGCCUGCCGUCAACGGACUGCGCUCAUCCGAUUCAACCUUUGGAUGGGGUCCGGCGAACGGAUUCGUAUUCCAGAAGGCAUUCGUUGAAUUCUUCCUUUCUUCCUCAGACUGGUCUGUUCUCUUGGAGAAACUCAAGGCACCUGCCGCAGAGGGAACCAUAUGCUUUUAUGCCUUGAACGCCAAGGGUGACUUUGUUUCUUCAAACUUGAGCACCUUUGCCAGCAGUGGCAGCGCCGCCUCAUCCGACACUAACGCGGUCACCUGGGGUGUGUUCCCGGGCAAAGAAAUUGUUACGCCGACCAUCAUCGAGGAGGUCAGUUUCCGGGCAUGGAGCGAGGAAGCGUUUGGAAUCUGGGGAGAAUGGGCCAGAGUAUACAGCCGAGGAUCAGAGAGCGAGAAGCUACUGAACGGAAUCAAGGACGAUUGUUGGCUCGUGAACAUCAUCCACCAUGACUUCAUGGAGCAGGACGCAUUGUGGGAUUUAUUGAUGGGAUAG